GUUUAAGGGAAUCCCAAAGUUUAUAUAUAACAUUGUUGGACUGACCUGUCAAUUGAUCUGAAGAAGCACCAAGUGUCAGUGACAUUGGACAAAGUUGUUUAUUUGACUUUAAGACUCAGGAACCCUGCUGAUCUUUUUUUUAGUUAGAUGGGAGGUAGCUUCUUUGAGAGUUUUGGUGGCUUGAAAGAAUGUUCAGGUGAGGUAGAAAUGCUUAAAGAAUACUUAUUGCAGAUCAAUUUCCAACGACUUUGAGGAAGGAGAGGAAAAAGCAUCGUAUUUUGCAUCUCUACUGGUAGCAGCGCUGUAUCAGGGAGACAAUAAGUAAAAAAAAAGUGGAGCCACAUUUCAGAUUUCGUCUUCAAGAUUUAACACUCUUGGGAUAGAUCUUGUUUGUUUCAAUAAUCCUCUCCGCUAAUCUGAAGCAAGCUUGGUGAGACAGGCAGAAGAAUACUCGGUUGUAGGAGAAUCAGAAACAUGUCAGCACUUUUCAACUUCCAUUCCUUUCUGACAGUGGUGCUUUUGGUGAUUUGCACUUGCACAUACGUGAAGAUGCAAUUCCCCACUCUCCUCGAACAGAAAACAGGGUUUCGAGGUUUCUUUUGGAAGGCAGCUAGAAUAGGUGAACGAUUGAGCCCUUGGGUAGCUGCUGGAUGCUUUACAAUGGGAGUCUCAAUAAUAUUCUUCUAAGGACUGGAGAAACUUGUGUGUAUUGGGUAAAAGCUGCAUCUUUUGUUCUUACAGAGAGUUCGCUACUGAACCGCAACGUUAUUUGUUUGCAAACAUUGUGGGGAUUUUGAGGCAUGAUCUCCACAAUUAUCUUUCUUCUGGUUGUUUGUUAAGUAACUAAUGGGGCUUCUAUAAUAAAAGUACUAUUCCUUCUCAAUA